AUGGAGCGAAGAGUCAGCCUCAAAGAUCUUAUCCGGAAUGCUGGCGUCAUACCCGUUGACCAGCGCCAAGCAGUUCUACCGGCCCCAACACAGCCGGCGGUGUCAGUCAGUGAGGAGGACAUCUCCCAGGCCCGGAACAUUCUACUUGAUCGAAGAGCCAAGAACCCAGAAAGCAAGAAUGUACUGAAAAACAUCUUCAAGAGUUCGAAAGAGAAGGACAAAGGACAAGAUGCAGGGCAGUUCUCGCAAGAGGAGCUUGACCAAGCUUUAUCCGCCGUCAUUCGCAGUCCAACGACAGGACCCGGCCUGAUCCAAGCUUUCCUCACUCUAGGCGCAAAAGUCAAUAUCAUCGAGACAACUGACAAGAAGAGAAGAUCAAGCAACCAGGCCAACACAGCAUUGCGACGCCGUAGCACGGUCUUACAGCAGGCAGCGAGUCUGAGGAAGGCUGAUGGUGUCAACAUCCUCGCUAGCUCCGGCGCAGACCAACAAACUUUGGACGAAGGACUGAAAGCUGCUCUCACUGCCAACGAUCAAGAGAGCAUAGGUCUGCUACUACGUCAUGGAGCGGACCUGAACAACUUCCCCAACGCGCUAGCGAAUGCGGUGCGAUCAAACGACCUGAACUUCGUUAAGCUCUUGUUGAGAGCACCGAAGCCACUUCGGCCUCAGAUCAUUUCAUCAUGCCUGCCCGCUGCAGUUCAGCAAGGUUCAGAUGCCAUCAUAUCUUUACUGAUUGCAUAUGGUGCUGAUCCGAAUUUCGACUCAGCAAGCGCUCUGAAUAUGGCUAUUGGGAGACAAGCCUACAAAAUAGCUAUUGCUUUGGUUGCCGGACCGAUACCACUAAACGAACCAAAUCUCCAGCAUGCGCUAGAUACUACCAUGCGGCUGCCCACACGCCAGGCAACGCUACAGUUCCUGCAACUCUUGUUCUGCUGUGGACUUCCCCCUGACAGUCGUGGUCUACCAGACUUUCUUAUCUUUUUGGCGAGAAGCAACGACUCUUCUGGUGCGAAGAUGAUGGUCAGCUAUGGCGUACCGACCACAACCAAUGACGCUGAGUGUCUAAGAGAGGCCAUAGAGAAUUCGAACUGGGGCCUGGUGGACGUUAUCCUUCAGACACCUAUCGCUCCUCAGCAUGCGACAGUAGCACUUUCUGUUUUGCCAACAAAUACCCCGCAGUCGGAUAGACUUCGCGUAGUCGACGCCUUGCUAAAGAAAGGCGCAACGGGUCUCGCCCUCAGCCCGCUACUCACACAAGCUACGAAGGAGAGAGACGCUCAGUUGAUAGAUCUCCUCCUUAGUGCAGGAGCGCCAGUCGAUGUGAGCGACAACAGUGCCCUUCAUUUUGCAGUGGUCAACAGAGAUAUUCAGAGUCUUCGAUCCCUUCUCAACGCUCGUCCUCCGCCGGAAAGCCUGGCUAGUUUAUUUCCCCUUCUUUUCCGUACCGACGCAAUCUCGAUAUCUGAGCGGCGUGAGAUCGCAAGAUUGUUACUUGAGCAUGGUGCACGCGGCCCCGGCGUUGAUCAGGCUCUAAUCGAUGCAAUUGCAGACACUUCGGCUGGACGGGAUGGAGCUCUGAUAACAGACCUGGUUCGAGGAGGGGCAAAUGUUGAUAAAAGGGCUUUGUCAUUGGCCGUUACACAAGUCGACAUGUCUCUUUUGCGAUUGCUCUGCAAUACCAGGCCCGAUUCUUCGUCGACUUCGGCAGCCCUACCUCUGGCUUUUGACUCGCAGUCCAGCCGACACUCGAAGACAUUCGAGAUUAUAGAUUUGCUCCUUAGUCACGGGGUUGAAGAGGAGCCAGCAGGUCAAGCCUUGCAAAUUGCCAUCAACGGCGGCCCCGACAAUAUUGACAUCAUCGAAAGACUCCUUACUGCAAGCCCUAGAUUACUGAGCACUGCUUUCAAGUACACUUCAGCGCUUCAAGAUCCGCAGAAGAAAGCACCGAUACUCGGUGCUCUUUUGAAGUUGGGAGUACCGCAGGACUCACUCGACCAGGCUCUUGUCACAGAGACACGACAAGCCAUCACCACAAACGACACUACCAGUACUAAGUUGCUAUUAGGACAAGGAGCAUCUGUGAGUUACAACGAUGGCGAGGCGUUGAGUGUUGCGGUAGCUUCAGGAAACAGCUCGCUAAUGGUAUUGUUACUCAGUGGACAUCACCAACCAUCACGAUCUAGCGUCACGCGAUCCUUCCGUACGUUAUUUUCCAACGACAAGUUAUCACUAGACGGGAGCAAGGAGAACAUCGGUGAAAUGGCAAAAGAACUACUGGUUCAUGGCGUAGAACAAUCUGCCAUCGACGCUGCUCUACGAUCAGUUCUUGGAAGCGACUACGACAGUAAGUACACGGACUCAUGGGUAGAUCUGUUACUCCAAAGUCAUGCCGAUGUCAAUACGGUAGAAGGUUCAUGCUUCGUCUUCGCAACACAAAAGCACAGUCACACCAUCUUUGACAAGCUCAUGCAUCACAACCCCGAUUUCAACAUAGUUGUCCCAGCCUUGUUGAGUUCCAAGCUUCAAGACGAAGUAGUCGUUGCCGCAAUACAAUCAUGCUUCGAUCACGGUUGCACACUUGAAGAAGUCGGUAUCGGAUACAACAAGCCACCGAUACUCAUUACCGCCAUGACUGUGUACCCACGCAAUAGUGCACUCCUCACACUAUUGUUGACAAACGGCUUAGACGCGGAGAUUACCAUCCCCAUGGUUCUCCAUUCGUCCAGCGGACCCGAACCCGUCCCCGCACUCUUGUGGGCACUAGCACAACCACAAAAGCGUAUUUCGGACGCCGUUAUCUCCGCGCUUCUGGAAGCUGGAGUAUCCGUAACCCGAGUUUCUCCUAUUUCGGAGACUACGGCGCUGAUGCUCGCCGCUCGCGAGGGACGUCAUGAGAUAGUAAAUGCACUAGUCGUGCGGGGUACGGAUGCGGAUCUUAGAGAUGCCUGGAACAAAUCCGCACUGUACUACGCUAGUAGCAGUUUGUCUGGGGAAGCCACAGUGAAGGCGCUAGUGCCGCGCGUGCUAGGGAACGAUGGAAGCUUACACGAGGCGGUCAGACAACUCAACAUCGAAGUCGUGAGGGUGUUGUUGGAGCAUGCACAUGAUCCGAAUUAUCCCUCCCGUCUUCAUGGCGGCAGAAAUGCUCUAGGAGAGUUAUGUCUCAAGGCAACGGUCACCACAUCAGCACAUCGCUCAAAGCUUCGCCAGCUUUUACGUCUUCUUCUGCGCAACCGCGCAAAUCCCAAAUUCCGUGCCCGUAACGAAAAGUCGACUGUUAUCCUUGCGCUCGAUAAUGCCUACAGCGCGCUCCCCGUCGCUGAGGCCUUGCUGGAAACAGAAAUAUGGCAAGAUCUCAAUGACGAAGCCCACAUCUACUGCGACCCAGCCUCAGGCCUCCACUACUCUCCAUACUCCUACGUUGAACUCGUAGCCACACCUGCCCGCGCCCCUGUCAAACAGACCCUUCUUGACCUUCUGCGUGACAAAGCCUGUGUCCCAGUGUACUACUCCUCAUCGGCACUUCAACCUGUCGGCGCUACGGGCAUUCCACCCUCAAUAGCCAAACUAGUCGACAAACAAAAAGAGCACGAACUCGACAUACGUCACGAGAAGGAGAAGUUCGAGCACAGUCGCACGAUGGAAGAGACCAAUCAUAAAGACAUAUUGAGGAGAAAGCGCGAGAGUCAAGAUGUGGAGCUGGCAUUGCAGACAAAGGCAACACAGCACUACACCGCUCUAGAGCAACAGAAGCAUGAAUUUGAAGUCCAGCGGGUGAGAGAGGCGGAACGCAUGAAGCGCUCUGAGAGGGUAGCUUGGCAUAAUCUGUUGCAAGAACAAGAGCGCGAUGCUGCUGCUGCGCGACAAAGUGCAGAGGAGAGGAAGGUGAGGGAGGCCAUGGCGGUAGAAAGCAAGAUGAUUGAGCAGCGGAAAUUGGAGCUGGAACACAGAGCCACUGUGGAGAGGAGGAUGUUGAAGGAGAAGGAAGAGCACUAUGAGAGGAAUGUCAAGCGGCAGAAAGAGGUGAGACAGAUUGAAGGAGGGCCACCACAAUGGGGAACUGUUGAUUAG